UCCACUCUGAUAGACCUAGCCGUCAAGCAGCUGGCGGCAUAUGAGCAGCCUGAGCUACCGGCUAAAAUUCAGCCCCAUUCAAAGUCCAGGAAGAGCGUGGUGACGUCAUCAUAUACAUCAACUUCUUCUUCGGAUAAAGCCACUCCUCUUAACGAUGAGAAGGCUUUUCAGAUGUAUGACUUGAUUGCCCGACUAAUCAGCCGCGUUCAAAAUUUAGCAUGUCCAUCUGAUGGGCUGAGUUCCGACCGUCCUGAAUGGGCCACCUUUCAUCACCUUCUUUUCAGUUUGCUGGAUCAGCUGCUACCACGUAUUACAGAGUACGAACGAGCCUCAAUGGCAUCAGAGAGACCAGGUGGACCUGAAGACUCUUCUGGGGUCAGAUUGUCUGACCGAAGCUCGAAUGCUAAGGGGCCUGCUUUCAAUCGCUUACUUCGUCAGCUGGUGAACAUACUUCGAGAAUUCGAUGUGAAGCUUGUCCUUACCGACCAUGUCAAGAAACAAGAGUUGCUUUCUUUACUCUAUAAGUCUAUUGGGAACAGCAUACUAGGCCACCUGGAACUGAUUGAGAUUGAGCUGUUCAAGGAACUGAUCGAUCUUCUGCUGGAACACUGCGCCCUUCUCACCGAACGUCUUUCCGGCCAACUUAGCCUCGAGCGAACCAAGCCAUCUGAAGUGACAUGUGCUGGCGUUUCUGGUGUUUCAUUCGGCGAAGGGGACCUAAUCGAGGCAUACUGCCGGCUUGUAACUUGCCUCUCUAACUCAGUCUACUUGCGACCUCUGGCUGAAAUCUCUAAAGUCACAAGUCCCACGGCCGAGGACCACUUGGCGGGGGGUAAGGGGCAGUCGAGGUUCACACGCUGCUUCGUCACUUUUACAGGCGCUUUUGGAGUAGCUGCUCUCUUUGACAGACAUGCUUCGAUGGUCCGUUGGCGCCUCGAAUAUGCUUGUUUGCAUGGCAUGAUUCAAUUGUCUCAUCGUCGUCCACGGCCCUGCUCUAUUGCCACCCUGGGAGGAUCUGCAACUGCAGCAAUAGAACUUGGUUUUGCGGGCGUGCUAGCCAUCUGGACAUGUCUUCAAUCUAACUUGCUGCCUGGUCACUUGGGGGUCGGCCAUCAGGGCCAUGGGAGUCAACACUCCAAUCAUGAACAGUCACAUCGGUACCAUCAUACUACUUGCCCCAUCUCAUCCUUCACUUAUUGCGAAGACUGCUUUGGUCAAAGUAGCAGUGGAGGUGACAGCUGUUCCGCCAGUUGGCUUGCCGGAUCUGUGUCAUCUGAUACAGGCAGUGGCCAAGAGAGCGGAUCUGAAGCAAUCGGCUUUCCAUCGAAUCCAGCGCAAGCCGAACGUAAAUCCAUGGGCUGGUCGCGGGGCUCUGCUGCCCCCUGCUCUUCGGGCGAAGAGCCAUGUAGCCCGGGUUUCGGCGCUGGCGCCAACACUCAUCGGCGCAAUCAGUCGAAUCGAAUUCGGCGUGUGCGAGCAUGUGGUUUAGGAGCGUCUGGGAAAUCGAUAGAAGAGCCUCAGGUUACUUUACCAUCUUUUGUGAUUGCCGACUCAGAAAAUAUCCAGACUGCGGUGGCAAAGGUUCAACAUCCCCAGAGAACAUUUGCACCACCAAAAAGCAGCAACAAGAACCAUUGGCUUACACGGCAUCUCAAGUUCAGUUUUAAUCGCAGCUAA